AUUAAUAUCUCAUAAUAAACUUAGGCGGGCUAAUUAAUGAUAGCAAUUCAACUGGUUUCAAUAUUUGUACAUGCAUAAUAGCAUCACGACAUUUAGGUGCCGUGAUUUUAGAAAUACUUGGCCUAUAAAAUGGUUCUGAAUGUGGUAAAGAACUUAUCAAAAGUCCCUAAGAGGUUUUUCACCAAACCUCAUUAUUCAGUAUUACCAGCAGAUAUUUUUGAGGGCAAAACUAUACCUAAAGCCAGAGUAGUUAAUAUAGGAAAGCCAAGAGAAGCAGUUAAAUAUGGUGGCAGACAAAUUGUGACUCUGAUACCAGGCUACCAACCUGGACCCAAACUUAUGGAACAUGUAAAAGAUGUGUUUAAAGAAGCUCAUGUUCCCAUUGAUUUUGAAGAAGUUACUUCUAAUGGAUCUCCAAAUGAUAUGGAAGCCUUUGAUAAACUAGUACUAACAUCGAUUCAUCGUAAUGGUGUUGGAUUAAAGGGUAACAUAGUAAAUCCAAACCUUCAAGUAAGUGCAAAUGUAACUUUGCGGCAACAACUUGACCUUUACGUCUGCAUUGUUCACGUUAAAAGUUAUCCACAUGUGAAGUGCAAAUAUCCAAAUAUGGACUUAUAUAUUUGUCGACAAAACACCGAAGGUGAAUAUGCCAUGCUUGAGCAUUCAGCAAAACCAGGAGUAGUUGAAAGCUUAAAAAUUAUUACAAAAGAAAAUACGCAACGAUUUGCAGAAUGGUGUCUAGAAUUCGCCACCCAGAAGAAUAGGAAAAAGGUUACUAUAGUACAUAAGGCUAAUAUCAUGAAACUCUCCGAUGGUCUAUUUAUGAAAACCAUAAAAGAAGUGGCAAAAGAUUAUCCCAAGCUAAUUGUCGAAGAUAUGAUUGUGGACAACACUACCAUGCAACUGGUACAGAAUCCAGAACAAUUCGACGUGUUAGUCACACCGAAUUUAUAUGGAAAUAUAUUAUCUAAUAUUGCUUGUGGUUUGAGCGGAGGGCCGGGACUUAUGUCUGCUCAAAACUUUGGGCCAAACUGUGCUCUAUUUGAGGCUGGAUCAAGACAUUUAACCUUUUUAGAUGAAGACAACCUAAAUCCAAUAGCUAUGCUUAAUGCGUCCAUAGAUCUUCUUCAUUACUUAGGGCAACAUGAACAUGCUAAACUAAUCAACCAGGCUAUAACAAAGACUCUGUCCGAAGAUAGAAUUCACACUCAAGAUAUUGGCGGAACACAUUCUAGUGACGAAGUGGUAGAGAGUGUAAAAAAUAAUGUGCGAGUGCUAUUAAAAAAUUCUAAUAUUAGUUGGUUUUAGUUACUUAGUAUAUAGACUUCUGUAAGUAGUUAAGUCUUAUAUUACUUUAUACAUAUUUUAUUAGCGAAUAUCUCCCUUUUAGAAUAAAAAGGAUUCCAUCCCAAAGAUUCCAAACAAAAAAUUGUUUUUAAAUUACAUACAUUUGAAAUGGUCAGUUCAUUAUUUUUCUAAUUCUAAAUUAUUUUCUUCCAAUUUAAUAAAAUUUUAAUUUAUAAUACGUGUGAAAACUGGUCAAAUUUUUGCAAACACAGAAACAAACAAAAAAUCAAAAAGAUGCCACUUGCCAUCCCGUGUUUCUACUUAUGGGUUUCUUCAGAGAAAGGCAACCAGAAAGCUAAAGGAAAAGGGAAAAAUAUAUAAUAGAUCGCAGAGCAAAAAAAUUGUUUUCUUCACUCUAUCUUUAUACAUAAAAUACGAAAUGACUGUAGGUGGUCGGUAGUGUAAACUCCUUACGGAACCUCGCCUGUUCGACUAAUUAGUAUGAGUCCAUCUUGUUCGUCAAUCGAUUGAUUAUUAUUUUUGUGAGCAGUUUAUAUAAGUGUGAUAAUAAGCUGAUAGGUCGAUAAUUAUCUAUGCUUUCUCUGUAUCAUUUCUUGUAUAACAAGCUGCCUUCUGCAUUUUUCCACUAAGUUUAGUACCUUAAGUUUUGGAGAUACUAGAUCAUAUGAGUACACUAAAUGCAAAACUCGACAUUUGCAAUAGAAGCAAUUUUUCAGGAAGCGCAAAAAUCUGUAAAAAAAAAUUAUUUUUAGUGUUAUGUAGUUGGGAAAAUGUUUGGUAGAUGAGUCUAUCUAAAUUCUUUCGAUUUGUUUUUACUUUUUAAAUCAUUACUUAUUUAUAAAUAAGAAAAAAGGAAAUAAUAUUUGAACAUACACAGUUUUGCAUUUAUUUUUUGCAAAGUAAAGAAUAAUAAUACCAAAAACUAUGUUUUGUGAAAAAGUUUAUUAAAGAAAACAACACAAAUUUUAAAUAAUUUUUAAGAACAAAAUUUAUUUCUCUAAAUUCUUAUUUUUUACAAAAAUGCAAAAAAGUACCAAAAGUCCUUAAACAGGUUAGAUCCUAAGUCCUUCAUAUUCUUCAAUGACCACAUUAUUAUCAUUUUCAUUUUCUUCAUUUCGUUGGUCUUCUUCAGCUCCUCUCUGUUGGUAAUUAUGAACUACGUUCUGAAGAUCCUUGUAAAAUUCCAAUUCUGGAUUGCUAGCCCAGUCCAAUCCAAAAUGAUUCUUUAGUAAAUUAAAAAUAGAGAACUUAUCUCCUUUUAAGCAAUGCACUCCAGUAGGAAUUUGUUCAGGCUUUAAAUGAGAAAUGGUUUUUCCUCUCUUUACAACUGAUAAACACACCCAAAUCAGAUUUACAGAGCACUUCUCCUCUUAAUAGAGUGCUAUUACCUUCUCGUGUAAAUACGAAGCGUUUACUUUCAUUAAAUUUAAAGUGCCAUUGGGCAGGCUUUUUUAUUACUGGGUACACUGCGUUUUUCCAAUCAAAAAUUGUCCAGUCUUGACUUAGCCUAAGAACCCUUGAAUGAUUUUGAAUAAUCUGCUCAUAUUCGUGGCGAUUGAUUAUCACACUUUUUUUUAAAUUUCGCGUUCGAUCAACCCAAAAACCCUAUCUGGAGAAAUGAAUGAAUGGCCAACUAUUGGAAAUGUAAACUCGAUAGUUUCAAUGGUUUUUGGUGCCUCAUAACAGAGCCAGUAUGCUAGCAUCCUCAUGACAGUGCUAUUUUUAUUUUGCCCCCUACAUCUAUCGGCAAAAAGUAAAAUUUUGUUUGUAGUUUCUCUAAAAUCUAUGUAUAGCUGAGGCAAUAGCAUUGGAAUUUUUACAAUAUUCAGUUUCUAACCAAACAAAGGAAACACUGUAUUUUAAGAAAGUUUUGUUGAAGAGCUGUCACAAACCACAGUAAAGUUAUAAAAGUUUAUUUGUUGAGAAAAGUAUGCACUUUGAUCUGGCAAUUUAGGCAAAGCCAAAUUUUUUUGGCAAUCAAAAGAAAAAAGCUGUACAUCUUCUCUGUCUAAUUUUAAACACUUAUAAAAUGCUUUGCUUUUCAAGUUAUGGACACGUUAUUCGAAAAUUAACUAAGCUUUGUCAUUAGUGUUCACUUUCAACUUCUCUUCAAACUGAAUACAAGUGGAACACAAAUCAGUCAUGGGGGGUACCAAAGCUUAGAUUAUAAUUUUUAUUCACAUAUGUUCUAAAAAAACACAAUUUUAUGGCCAAAUUAGGAUUUUGUUUACAAGACAACACACGAGUAGUUCGAUUUCUUUGAUAAUGACUUAUUUUGCAUUCCAAAUUUUUAAUGAAUUGCUUAAUUAAAUCCUUAAGAUAGUCAUUUUUGUUUUUAACCCUAUCACCACCACGUCGCUCUUUUGGCAACUCAUUAGAAGGCAAAUAAUUUCUUACAUUUCUUUCCAACCUGUCUCCACUAAAACGGGUUAUUCCGAGAAAAGCUUUUUUACAAACUCAAAAUUUUUCCUUGGUUAUUGUUGGAACAAAAUAUUUUAUGGAAAAUCCAUGAUGAUUUCUUAAUGAUUUUCUGGGUUUUGAACCCUCACAAAAUUGUAGCACAAAAAUAUCUUGUUUUACCUUGUCAACAUUUGAAUAUAACGCCAUUUGGAAGCUUUGAAUGUCUCUCAUGCUUAGUUUCCGACACAAAAACACUGGUUUUUUAUUGUGAGCACAUUUCGGGUAUUGCGGCAAACCAUGUGGCUUAUGUCUGAAAUUAAAAAAAAAAAACAAACUAUAAUAAUUUGUAAAAUUUAAUUUUUCCUGGAUACUUAUUGUUGUGCAGGUUUAAACAAUAUUAUUAUAAACAUUGCAUUUACCUUUCAAUUUGCAUCUUCCUUCUUUUCCAGUUUUCCUUAUUUAUUUCGCGUUUUCUUAUUUUUCCUUUUUCACAUGAUUGUACUGUAUACAUUCCUACAGUAGUAGACACUUUUUUCGAAACUAAUAUUAACAAAUUAAAAUUUUAACGGCUUAAAACUGCGAGACGAUGUUUAUACUAUCAAGUACAGUAACAAACUAAAAUUAAAAAUAAUGAAAUUAUAACACGUGGUAUGCGGCCGUUACAAGUGUUUCUAGCGCUCUUAUUGGUUGAUUGAAAAUACCCAGUUUUGCAUCUGACCGGCGAUUACAAAUACACUAUACGUAAAUAGGCACUUUUGCAGCUAAUAUUGUAGUAUAUCUUUUAGAUAUCAGUGUAGUCUGUCAAAAUGUAAAAUAAAAUCACUUUUGCGUUUUUUGUCAAAUACCGAAUUUUGCAUUUAGUAUACUCAUAUAACACCGCGUCUAACUGUGUGAUACAACCUUAUCCCAAGUCAAAAUAAGUUUAAAAAUUUAAUAGACUCCAAAACCGAAGGUACUAGAGCUGUUUGACCAGGGAGCUGAAAUAUUAUUUUUAUUAUAGCAGAUAUUCAAUUAGUUAAAAUAGCUACUGCAGUAGUUAGCAUACCUAGAAAAAGAAAUGUAAGAAAAGGCCUUCGAUCUGUGGAGAGAAAAAAUCAGAAGAAUGAUAGCAACUUCAGGAAGUGGGAGAACUGCUAAGCAACUUACAAAAUACAAAAGCUUGUUUAUUAAAUUUAGUUGAACAUGAUGGAAUACCUAAUAAUAAAAGCUAUUGCUAAUUCCAUAUUAGAUCUUUGCUUAGAAAGUGGAAAAUACUCUUUAUUAGCUUUCAAAGCAGCAAAACUGACACCUAUUAAAAAACUAACCCAAUAAAAUUAAUACCUUUACUAGAUAUGAAAAUAUUACAGGUAGGGUAUAGAGAAUAUAGGCGAAUUUAUUCUAUUCUCAGUGCAUUCUUUAAUAUUUUCGAAAGAUUUAUAUAUGUCAGCAUCACGAACUCUCUCAACAAAUAGAAGAUUCUUGAAUAAUGAUGAUGCACAUAAGUUUCACAUUAAAUAAAUCAACUCAUUCAUCUGCAGUGAAAGAACGAACUUGAUCUUUACAGUUAAUAGUUUGUAGAUAAAACAUCUGUUUUUUUAAGGCUUUUAGAUCCUGAUGGGGAGUAUGAAAGAAAUAUGCUUAAUCUCAUUAAAGACAAGAUAAUAAUAGUUAAUUUAUUUAAUAGAAUACCCAAACCAAACAUUACAGAUAGCUUUAACAAAGUGAAAAUCUUGCGUGUUUACUUGGAUCAAAGGAUAAACUGGAAUUGUCAAAUUAACCACAUCUGCUUUGGAUUAUCCAACUAUACAAUUGUGUAAGAACAAGGUCUUAAUAUAGAUAGGAUAUUCGUUAUUUGCAAAAGAAACUCUUUAUUCUUUUUAAAACAAAUUUAGGAGUCUAGUAGAUAGAUCUGCCAAAUCCAUAAUAUUCCUAUAUUAUAAUAUGUAUAAGGAAUUGUGCACUUUAUGUCGAUCUGAACAUAAAUGAUAUAUCUAUAAGUUUUACCAGAUGUUCUUCGAGAUUUCGAAAUGACACAAGUGCGCACACCGGACAUCUCUGAAGACGCAUGGUAGCUUAGCGAAUCUUCCGGACAGUGAUCUGCCGAGUAUAUAAGAUACCGCGUCGUCGCUGGUAGGGCAGUUGACAGAUCGGUUGAAGUUCAGUUGGGCAAAUUGGCGCGAUAUUUAAAUCGGACAUUAAUAGUACCAAAUAAAUAUUUCUAGUAGUCGUAAUUGAUCGUGUUUUGUAAUGUAGUUGUGUAAUUAAAUAAAUCCUUGCAGUCUGUAUAAUUUAUUAAUAAUAAAUAAAUGAUUAUA